CCACAGUUUUCACAAAGGUCUCUUGACAGCAAAACUUUUAUCCUUACAUGCUUCACUGAUCCUGUGGCGAUGAAAAUUGACAUCCAUAGUCAUAUUCUACCAAAAGAAUGGCCAGAUCUAAAAAAGAGGUUUGGCUACGGAGGCUGGGUGCAGCUCCAACACCACAGCAAGGGAGAAGCAAAGAUGUUGAAAGAUGGGAAGGUCUUCAGAGUGGUGCAAGAGAAUUGCUGGGAUCCAGAAGUUCGUAUUAGAGAAAUGGACCAAAAAGGAGUAACAGUGCAAGCCCUUUCCACAGUUCCUGUCAUGUUUAGCUACUGGGUGAGUGUGAAACUGCAAGCCAUCUCCUUGGUGUUGAAGGCCAAACCUCAGGACACUUUAAACCUAUGCCAGCUUUUAAACAAUGACCUUGCCGCCACCGUUGCGAACUACCCCAGGAGGUUUGUGGGUCUGGGGAUGUUGCCCAUGCAGGCCCCUGAGCUGGCAGUCAAGGAGAUGGAGCGCUGUGUGAAAGAGCUGGGCUUUCCUGGGGUCCAAAUUGGCUCCCACGUCAACGAGUGGGACCUGAAUGCGCGGGAGCUCUUUCCUGUCUACGCGGCAGCUGAAAGGCUGAAGUGUUCCUUGUUCGUGCAUCCCUGGGACAUGCAGAUGGAUGGACGAAUGGCCAAAUACUGGCUCCCUUGGCUCAUAGGAAUGCCAGCAGAGACCACAAUAGCCAUUUGUUCCAUGAUCAUGGGUGGAGUGUUUGAGAAGUUUCCUAAAUUGAAAGUGUGCUUCGCACAUGGCGGCGGUACCUUCCCCUUCACAGUGGGAAGAAUCUCCCAUGGAUUUAGCAUGCGCCCAGAUCUGUGUGCCCAGGACAACCCAACGAACCCAAAGAAAUACCUCGGUUCCUUUUACACAGAUGCUUUGGUUCAUGAUCCUCUGUCCCUCAAGCUGUUAACAGAUGUCAUAGGAAAGGGUUUCGCUCUGUCACCCUGGCUGGAGUGUAGUGGCACCAUCUCAGCUCACUGCAACCUCUACCUCCCAGGCUCAAGGGAUCCUCCCACCUCAGCCCCCUAAGUAGCUGGAACCACAGGUACAUGCUAUCAUAGCUGGCUAAUUUUUAUAUAUUUUGUAGAGACAGGGUUUUGUCAUGUUGCCCAGGCUGGUCUCAAACUCCUGGACUCAAGUGAUCCACCCACCUCAGUCUCCCAAAGUACUGGGAUCAUAGGUGUGAGCCACUGGGUGAGGCCAAUCCAAUAUAGCUGUUGCUUCUACCUUCUCAGUCAUCUUUCCUUUUCCAUGAAAGCCUGUGUUUGUGGCUGAGCAGUUUUUACGGCUGCUUCAUCCCUGUACAUGUUUUAAAGUCGAAAGGUUUAUUUUCCUUUUUUGUAUCUAUUCCUUUCAGUCCAAGUUGGUGGUCUUUCUGCUAAUACAAUUCCCUUAAAAACCAAAUAGGUCUUUCAUGAAUCCUAUUAAGUUUCACAUCAUUAGGCAAAACACUUAGCCACAAAUCUCUGAGAAAAGCCUUCCUCUACCUUUGGGUUUCUGCUAAGGUGGCUGAGAGACAACAGCCUUAAGCUUCCGAGAAGCCCUUCUUGUUUGGCUGAAUGCCUUUUUGAGGCACUUCCUACAGCAAAACCCUGUAUCAAAAAAAAAAACAAAAAACAAAAAACAGCUACAUUGAAUUGUUAUAACAAAGACAUUACAGUCACAGCUUGGCUUCAUUUUUUUGACUCCAUUUUUCCAAUUGUGCCCUGGAUUUAGUUUUGCCAGAAAUCCAUAUCUUAAUUUAGCAUAAUUUGCUAUAGGAGAGGCUGGAAGUUUUCAAACUCAACAAUCCCCAUAGUACCAGCCAAUGGCUCAGGGGUUGGGGACCCCUGCUGUAGGUGACAGCAUUGCUAAAUUUUUGCCACCACCAUAGCAAGGAUCACCUUUCUUCUAGUUUCCAAUCAUAUUCUCCUCAUUCUCCUUUAAGCCUUUAGUGCAACCUUCUCACAGGCCACUGGGCUUCUAAUAAGAGUCUUUAAAGGACCUUUGGUCUUUUAUUAUUGUCAAGGGCCUUCCAACUUCCUCCCACUAAUCAGUUCCAAAGCCACUCCCACAUUUUCAGGUUUUUGUUCUGGUAGCACCAAAUUUCCAGGAAACAAACUCUGUAUUAGUUACAUGUCGCUGCAUCACAAAUUAACCUAAAACUUAGUGGUUUAAAACAAGAAUGCCAUGCCUGUAAUCCCAGCACUUUGGGAGGCAGAGGCGGGUGGAUCACGAGGUCAAGAGAUCGAGACCAUCUUGGUCAACUUGGUGAAACCCCAUCUCUACUAAAAAUACAAAAAAUUAGCUGGGCAUGGUGGUGCAUGCCUGUAAUCGCAGCUACUCAGGAGGCUGAGGCAGGAGAAUUGCCUGAACCCAAGAGGUGGAGGUUGCGGUGAGCUGAGAUCGCACCAUUGCACUUCAGCCUGGGUAACAAGAGCGAAACUCAGUCUCAAAAAAAAAAAAAAAAAACAAGAAUCCAUGUUUAUUAUCUCAUUCACUUUCUCUGGGUCAGGAAUUCAGGAACCCUCUGGCUUGGAAAUUCUGGCUCAGGGUUCCUCUUCAGGUUCAGUAAGAUGACUGCAGACCACCAGUUUCUUCUUUCCUUCCUUCGUUGUUUUAUUUUAUUUGCAUGCUAUUUACACAAAUUUAAUCCCAACCUCUCCACCAGUUUUGUGACUUUCCUCUCAGUACAUUCAGACACAAAGACUAACACUAGUCUAUUAUUUCUGUAUUCUUAAAGAAAUAGCUUCAGGAGCCUUCUGAUGCUCUAAUUGGGACUGAGUUGUUAUUUAGACCUGCUGCACAGCUGUCAUCCUGAAAUCUCUCUUCAUGAGGAUAUUCUCAAUCUCUUUCUCUCAUUGGAUUUUCUGUUUGCUGAAUCUCAUUAUUUUCCUGUUUCUUGGUUUUAUUCCUUCAUCUUGGUGGAUAACAUCCUUCAACAACUUUCAGAGAAGGAAGUAUGAGGGAUGAACUUUUCAAAACCUUGUUUGUCUCUGUACUCAGAACUCAGUUCAUUCUCAUGACUUAAAACUAGUGCAGGCCCCAGAAAACCUGGAUCUUCCCUAUUUGGGCUUGCAUGAAAAAAAAAGUCUUUUGAAAAUAGAAAAAAAAAAAACACUGUUUAUCUAAAAAUGUCUGUAUUCAUCCUUCAAAAUGAGCUAAUUGUUUGGCUAGGUGGUAAUCCUAGCUUGGAAGCCAUUUUUUCCCUCAGAAUUUUAAAGUCAUUUUUCUCUUAUGUUCUGGCUUUUAGAGGUGCUGUUGGGUAAUGUAAUGACAUCCUAAUUUUUGAAAUUUGUAUAAAGCCUGCUUCUCUCUCCUACUCACCACAACUUGAAAGAGUCAAAGAAUUUCUUUUCGUCCUAAAAUUUUACAAUGAUACUACUUAAUGUAGGUCUAUUUUCACCCAUUAUGCUAGUCAUUUGGUGGACACUUUCAUUCUGUAAAUUUUCUUAAAUUAUUUCUUUAAUGAUUUCCUUCCCUCUGCUUUUUCUUUCUAGAAUUCCUAUUAUUCUAAAGUUGAACCUAUUUUUGUUUUCUGUCUUACAUACCACCUCUUUGAACUUUUGUUUAUACUUUCUGGGAGAUUUUUUUCAACUUCAUUUAAAAAUCCUUCGAUUUCAUUGGUCUUUCAAUUUCCGAAAGAUUAUGUUUCUUGUUCUCUGAAUUUUUUCAAAUAUCCUGUUCUUGUUGGGUAGGUGGAAUACCUUUUCUUAUCUCUCUGAAUAUACUAAGAAUUUUAGGAAGUUUACUUAUCCCUACAAGUCUACUUUCAGGUGGCUUUUUUGCCUGUUUUUUAAAGUCUCGGUCUUUCAUAUUAAAGGUUUUUCUCAAGUAUCUAUACUUUGAGCAUGUAAAAUGUUUUAGUAUCUGGCUCUUGGGGUAGUUAAAACAAGAAAGAGGUAAUAGUUGCACAGCAUUGUGAAUGUGCUCUAUGCCAAUGAAGUGUACAUUUUAAAAAGUUAAUUUUGAGAGAACGAUCCAAGAUGGCCGAUCGCUAACAUCCCGGGAUUGCAGCUCUCAGGGAAGGCACGGAGAACUAGAGGACGCCACACUUUCAGACAAAGUCUGGUCGCUCACGGAGCAGAAGAUCCCCCAGCGGUGGAAACACACGAGUCGCCAGCGCGACUCUCGUGGUCGGCGCAGCGGUUCCACCGGCACCUCGACGCGGCAGCGCUCGGCGCAGAGUAAACGGGACCGCUUCCCCUUCUGACCGAGGUUUGGAGCCCCGGGAAGGCAGAGUCGCCUACUACGGAAACAAGAAGGAAGCCCGACAGGAGAAUCCUGGGCAGAAAAGCACCAUCAGUUUUAACGCCGCUGCUCUGGCCCUGGGAACUAACAACCUGGACGUCCACUCAAGAGACCUAAUCUGAAAGUUGGUAAUUUCAAAGACAACAGAGGAUAAAUUUACAAUGACGGGAAGAAACCAGCGUAAAAAAGCUGAGAAUACUCAAAGUCAGAACGCCUCUCCCUCUAAAGAUGAUCACAGUUCCACAUCAACAAUGGAACAAGGCUUGAUGGAGAACGAGCGCCUCCUGAUGACAGAAUCACUCUUCAAGGAAUGGAUAAUAACAAACUUCGGUGAGUUAAAAGAACAUGUUGUAGCCCAACGUAAAGAAACUAGGAACUUUGAAAAAAGGUUUGAUGAAAUCCUAUUGAGAAUAGACAACUUAGAGAGGAGUAUGAGUGAAUUAAUGGAACUGAAGAAUACAAUACAGGAACUCCGAGAAGUAUGCACAGGUUUAAACACUCGAAUUGUUCAAGCAGAAGAAGGGAUAUCAGAGGUCAAAGUCCAACUUAAUGAAAUAAAACGUGAAGAAAAAAUUAGAGAAAAAAGGAUAAAAAGGAAUGAGCAAAGUCUCCAAGAAAUGUGGGACUAUGUGAAAAGACCAAAUUUACGUUUGAUAGGUGUACCUGAAUGCGACGGAGAGAAUGAAUCCAAGCUGGAAAAUACCCUUCAGGAUAUUAUUCAGGAAAAUUUUCCUAAACUAGCAAAGCAGGUCAACAUUAAACCCCAGGUAAUACAGAGAACACCACAAAGAUAUUCCUCAAGAAGAGCAACCCCAAGGCACAUAAUCGUUAGAUUCACCAGGAUUGAAACGAAGGAGAGGAUACUAAGGGCAGCCAGAGAGAAAGGUCAGAUUACCCACAAAGGCAAGCCUAUCAGACUUAGAGCAGAUCUGUCAGCAGAAACUCUACAAGCCAGAAGAGAGUGGGGGCCAAUAUUCAACAUCCUCAAAGAACAGAACCUUCAGCCCAGAAUUUCAUAUCCAGCCAAACUAAGCUUCACAACUGAAGGAAAAAUAAAAUCUUUUAUGAACAAGCAAGAACUCAGAGAUUUUAUUACAACCAGGCCUGCUUUACAAGAGCUUCUGAAAGAAGCAUUACACACAGAAAGAAACAACCAGUAUUAGCCUUUCUAAAAAUACACCAAAAAGUAAAGAGCACCAACAUAAAGAAGAAUUUACACCAACAAAUGGAUAAAACAGC